GAAAGUGAAGCAUCUACCUAUGCGUAGUAUGAUAUUUUGCAAAUGAAAUGAUUUGACAACCGGUAGAUGCAUAAAGAAAUUGGUACAGGUUUUGUUGUCUUGAGUCUUGGCAACUUCGAUUUGCAUUUUCUUACUUACAUGUAUUCAAGUUUAAAGCAAUGGAUAAUCAAAUAGAAAUUUUUAAAUCUUCUGAGACUGAAAGUAAAACAUCUCCGGAAACUUCAUCAAAAACUGCUGUUGCAGAUUGUGCCGUUCAGGGAACUGAAAAUAGCCAUAGAAAGCGACACAAGCAAUAUUUCAAUGCAAUACGCGCCCAAAUGGAAUUUUACUUCGGAGAUGCAAAUCUCUCUAAGGACAGAUUUCUAAAACAACUUAUCGAUAAGGAUCCAUUUGUACCGCUGGAGGUGUUUUUAAACUUCAACAAAGUAAAAACUUUAACGAGUAAAGUAGAAGAUAUUAGCAAAGCGUUGUCAAACUCUGACCUCCUAGAACUAGAUGAGACUACAAAGUUAAAAGUUCGGCGUAAAACAGAAAUACCAAAAGAACGCAACGUCGAUGAAAAAACAUUAUAUAUUGAGUCAUUACCACCAACUGCGGACCAUGACUGGAUAAGAAAACAUUUUGAACGUUAUGGUGCUGUUUCCUAUGUUUCUCUUCCAAAAUAUGAAACAUCCAAAAAGAUUAAGGGAUUUGCAUUUGUUGAGUUCGAACAAGAGAAGAGUGUUGCAAAAGCACUUCAUAGCUUCGUUGAUUUUGACGGUGUCUUGAAUGUGCAGGAGACAGAACCUAGUAAAUUGAGAAGUGUGCAAUCAUACAUCACAGAAAAUAAAAGUCAAGAUAUAGUUCCAGAAAUAGUUGAAAAAAGUGCAAAAAAGAGAUGUGUAAGCGUCGAAAGCGCAGACGAUGUGGCUCAACCAAAAGUAAAAAGGAUUAAAGAAAACGAUAAUGAUGACACAAAAACAGCAUCAACAUCGGAAACAGAAGGUGGUCAUAGUGAUGAUAAAAUGAAUUCUGACAUGGUAAAAUGUAAGAAAAAUCGAAGAAAAAAAUCAAAAGGAAUAAAAAAAUACCAAAAAGAAGCUGAUUUAAACACAGAUCCUUCCUUUUAUGAAUUAAAAAUUUUACCAAAACGUGAUUGGAAACGUUUAAGGAAUAAAUAUUUAAAUCUGCAAAGAGAAAAAGUAUCUGAAAUCAAACGUAAACUGUGGAAGGAAAAACUUAAAACUUUACAAGAGUCUAACGAUGCUACGUCAAAUUCAAAUACUUCUGCUCCUCCUCCUUCGAAAAAAAUAAAAACAGCUGGACGUAAACUACAUAAAAUGAAUAUGAACUUUUAUGGCGCUGGGGAAGAUGAAGCGCAAUCCAAAAAUUCUGUCAAAGAAACAAAGCAAAAUCAAGCAUUAGAACGUCAACCGCUAUUUAGUUAUGAGUCUGGUUUAAUAGUUGAAAUUCUUUUUAUAGAGCCUUGUGUGGAUAUUAAAGAAUUUAAAGCAAAUAUGCGCCAAUAUACUACAAUAAAGUAUGUUGACGUCAAAGAAGGUUCUCUGCAUGCUCAUGUUCGACUUGAAAAUCCAGCAGCAGCAGUAGAAUUUGUGCAGCGAGUUAAUUGUGCUGAGUAUCAAAUGAAAAUUCUAACAGGAGAAGCUGAACAGGAAUACUGGAAAAAAAUUGAAGGCGAUCGCGAAAUGAAACUCAACAAACAAAUUAAAGUACCACAAAAGAGAGGAAGAGAAAAAAUAAAAAAAGUGUUAACAAAGCACAUUCGAUUUGAUGAUGAUAAUUAAUAUUUAUAAAAUUAUUUUGUAAUGUACAAGCAAAAUCAUUAAUAAAAUAACUUUAAAGAUUGUAAUUUAUUUAAUAAAAACAGUCUAUCA